AUGUUGUGCUUGCCAACUACAGCUUCUAGUUCUUGCUGGGCUUUCUUCAUCACCUCUGGUUUGUUCAUAAUCUCAGCCAAUGCAAACUCAACUGUGUUGGAGGAAGUGUCCCCCGCCCCCGGAAGGGCCGCCACGUACGGCGGAAACGAUAUCGUGUGGACCCCAUACGGGCCCGAGUGGCGGAUGCUGAGAAAAGUCUGCGUGCUCAAGAUGCUCAGGAACACGACUCUGGACUCGGUGUACGAACUCCGGCGAAAGCAGCUCCGGGAAACUGUCGGGUACUUUUACAGUCGGGUGGGGUCGCCGGUCAAUGUCGGCGAGCAGAUGUUCUUGAACGUGCUCAAUGUGAUCACCAACAUGCUGUGGGGUGGGACGGUGGAGGGCGAUGAGAGGGCGGGGCUGGGGGCGGAGUUCCGGGAGGUGGUGUCGGAGAUGACGGAGCUUCUAGGGAAGCCCAAUGUUUCGGACUUUUAUCCGGGUUUGGCCCGGUUCGAUUUGCAGGGCGUGGAGAAGCAGAUGGGCAGGCUGGCCCGGAGGUUUGAUGGGAUUUUUGAGAAGAUAAUAGAUCAACGGAUGAGGAUUGACAAGCAAGGCCCGAAGGAGAGUAAGGAUUUUUUGACGUUUUUGUUGAAGUUGAAAGACGAGGGAGGAGAUUCCAAGACCCCUUUCACCAUCACCCAUCUCAAAGCUUUGCUCAUGGUACGACUUCAUAUACACGUACGUGGCGGCCCUUCCGGCGGCGGGGACACUUCCUCCAACACAGUUGAGUUUGCAUUGGCUGAGAUUAUGAACAAACCAGAGGUGAUGAAGAAAGCCCAGCAAGAACUAGAAGCUGUAGUUGGCAAGCACAACAUUGUAGAAGAGUCUCACAUUCACAAAUUACCCUACUUACAAGCUGUGAUGAAAGAAACUCUGCGCUUGCACCCAGCCCUGCCACUACUAGUCCCUCAUUGCCCAAGUGAAACCUGCACUGUGGGAGGCUACACCAUCCCGAAAGGAUCCCGGAUUUUCUUCAACGUCUGGGCAAUACACAGGGACCCUUCCAUUUGGGAAAACCCAUUGGAGUUUGAUCCAGAAAGAAGAAUAUGUGCAGGGAUUGCAAUGGCUGAGAGGAUGGUGAUGCAUUCACUUGCUACACUUGUGCACUCUUUUGACUGGAAAAUGCCACAAGGACAGAAGCUGGAUCUUUCAGAGAAGUUUGGAAUUGUGCUGAAAAAGAAGAUGCCUUUGGUUGCUAUCCCAACUCCUAGGUUAUCUGAUCCAGCACUCUAUGAGUAG